UCCAAUCUCUUCCUGUUUUUUUCUUUUACUUCAAGAUAUUCUUUAUUUUGAGUUUUGACGUUCGGUUACUACAGUUAUGACCAUUUUGCCGAAGAAGCCGCCUCCACCAUCAACAGAUGGAGAAAGCAGCCCAGAUGGGGAACAAGUAGGAUGUAACCCUAACCAAGUUGGUUCUGACCGAGGAGAAGGGCCUGGCCCUGGUCCUUCAGGUGUUAGACCUCGAUCCUCACCGCCACCGGCACUUCCGCGGUGGGCUCCCGGUGUAAGCGGUCGAGGUGGGGUAGCUAUGGGUUCACGGUCACAAGUUUCGCCACCUCCCGGACCAGGACCACCCCAAUCCGGUAGCUCCAGUGGCAAUAUUACUACAGGGGAUGGACUGGGCCUGGGCGCAGCGGGAGGCCCUGUUAGUUGCUGUUCCGGUCCAGGCCUUAGUAAGAGGCGACGUCAACAGACUUGCAGUAAUCCGAGUGCUAACUCUGAUCUAGAUGAAUGUGGUGCAGGGUACAACAGUGAGGAUGAAUACGAUGCCGCAGCUUCACGUAUUGAAGCCAUGGACCCCGCUACUGUGGAACAGCAGGAACACUGGUUUGAGAAGGCCCUAAAAGAUAAGAAAGGAUUCAUAAUCAAGCAGAUGAAGGAGGAUGGAGCUUGCUUAUUCAGAGCUGUUGCAGACCAAGUAUAUGGUGACCAGGAUAUGCAUGAAGUUGUUCGGAAACAUUGUAUGGAUUAUUUGAUGAAGAAUGCAGACUAUUUCUCUAACUAUGUCACUGAAGAUUUCACCACCUACAUUAAUCGGAAACGAAAGAAUAAUUGUCAUGGAAACCACAUUGAGAUGCAGGCCAUGGCUGAGAUGUACAACAGGCCUGUGGAAGUAUAUCAGUAUAGCACAGAACCCAUUAAUACAUUCCAUAGUAUCCAGCAAAAUGAGGAUGAGCCUAUCCGGGUCAGCUAUCACCGCAAUAUCCACUAUAACUCUGUGGUGAAUCCUAACAAAGCUACCAUUGGUGUGGGUCUGGGGCUUCCCUCCUUCAAACCAGGGUUUGCAGAGCAAUCUCUGAUGAAAAGUGCUAUAAAAACAUCAGAGGAGUCAUGGAUUGAGCAGCAAAUGCUUGAAGAUAAGAAACGAGCCAGUGACUGGGAGGCUACCAAUGAGGCAAUUGAGGAACAAGUGGCUCGAGAAUCAUACUUGCAGUGGCUUCGGGACCAAGAAAAGCAGACUCGGCAGAUUAAGGGUCAAACACAAUCCCGGAAAGCUAGUGCCACAUGCACCUCUGCCACAGCAGCUACAUCCAGCAAUCUAGAAGAGUGGGGUGUUCGGUCUCCAAGACAGCGAAACUCUGAUCAGCCAGAGCUGAUCUACAAGCCUUCCUCACCAAACCAUGCUCUUAGUUUCACCAAACCUCCUUCUCCUAGUACUCCAGGACCAAGCAGUCAGUCAGCAACAGGGGGUGACUGUGCUACCUCUCCCCUGGUAACUCUCUACCCUGCUUUGGAAUGUCGGGCUCUUAUUCAACAGAUGUCCCCCACUGCAUUUGGUUUGAAUGACUGGGAUGAUGAUGGGAUCUUGGCUUCAGUUCUUGCUGUCUCCCAACAGGAAUACCUGGACAGUAUGAAGAAAAGCAUAAUGCACAGAGAUCCAUCCUCAGACAAGAGCUGAUGACAAGGGACUGGAAAUCUAUUCUUUUCCUUCCAUUCUAUCCCCUAUUCCCAAUAUUCCCUAAGAGUUAUAUACAUACCCAAAAUCAGCCCAGUCAACAUGUUCACUUAACUCUCCUUCUCACAGUCUUCGAAUCCCUGAUCUGCUAAAAUCUAAUAAGUACUUAAGACAUAUACACUUGGGAAAGAAAGUCAGACUUGCACCUCCUUUAUCUGUAGUGUCCAUAAAGCAUUCCAGAGUUUUGGAAAAAGGCAUUAAAUAUUAUCUUUGUUGAUGCCUAUUGGAUUGUACCAGAAGAUAUCAGAGGCUUAGCCUUCUCCAAACCCAAUUUUUCCCACUUCUGCAGAUUCCCCCCUCCCUCUAUAUUAAAACACAAUUUUAUUUUUUAAAAAACAGACACUAGCUGAAUACAUAGUUGCAAAAGGCUGGAGAAGAGGGGCAAAGCAAAGAUUCUAAAUUGCUUAACUACCCAUCUUUCAUUCCUUGUCUUACUUUCUCACAGUCUCUUUGUCAAAUUGAAGGUGAGAUAAUGGCUGGGAGUUCUUUUUCUUGUGGGGCUUUUGGACAAUAAAACACCAGAGCCCAAGA